AGAAGGGAAGUUGUUGGGAAAAGAUCAACAGUUUAUCGAAAACACAUCGCAGAUGUGAGAGCUCAACGUGAGAGCGAAUCGAGAGAAGAAAGUGUUUUGAAAAAACUUUUAUAUUUUUAUUCACGUUUCUCGUGAGAGACAUACUCGCCGCAGUUAUAACAAUUUAGUGCGAUAUCGCUUAUACGUUUGUAUCUCAGCAACCGAAAACAUGUCCAAUAAAUACGAGACCACUUACAGAUUAAGAGCUACUGAGGACAGUACAGUUGAAGAUGAGGAGUCUCAAUCAAAGGAUAAUCAAAAGGUUGAAAAAGGUCCACCACCUCCAAUAGAAAUAAAUCCAAAUGAACAUAAAUUACAAUAUGCUUACGCACUCUGGUAUAGUCGACGUAGUGGCCUUGGCAAACAAACUAGCAUACAAAGUUAUGUUCAAAAUUUAAAGUUGGUUGGUAGGUUUGCAAGCGUAGAACAGUUCUGGGGUCUUUAUAGUCAUUUAGUACGACCAUCAGAACUUACAGUGCACACAGAUUUUCAUCUUUUCAAAGUUGGUAUAAAACCUAUAUGGGAAGAUGAAGCAAAUCAAAAAGGUGGUAAAUGGAUAGUAAGAUUACGAAAGGGUUUAGUAUCUAGAUGUUGGGAAAAUCUUAUAUUGGCAAUGUUAGGUGAGCAAUUUAUGGUAGGAGAGGAAAUUUGUGGUGCUGUUGUAUCUAUAAGAUUUCAGGAAGAUGUAAUAUGUGUAUGGAAUAAAACGGCAUCGGACGUAGCGACAACAGCCCGAAUUAGAGAUACAUUAAGAAGAGUAUUACAUCUUCCAGCUAGUGCCUCUAUGGAGUACAAAACUCACAAUGACAGUAUGAAGAGUGUACAUCGGCUCUAAAAUUAUAUAAUUUUGGGAACGAGACAUAUUAGGAGCCCUCUGAAAAAUACUUAAGAUGUAUCAGUUUCAUACCUCCCAGGAGAUUGCACAUCUAUUUGACAGAAAAUAAAUAAGACGUGAAAAAUUUGAAACAUUUGAUGAUACACUUUAUUCACAAGUGUCUCUGUGUUGUAACUUAUGUAAAUAAUGAAUUCACAUUAAUAAGAAAUAAAUAAAUACCCUUAUUUCCAAGACAUGUAAUAUAAAAAAAAAUUUUUAUAUUUUGUCUAUCCAAUUUCGCAUAAACAUAUUUCUCACACAAAA